GCUCCUUUUUCAUCUAAAUAUACUUACUUUUCUACUAAAGGUUCAUUUGAUGGCCCCUUUGAAGAUUCUGGUUGCUCCAGUUGUAGUUUUUUUCAAUUUAUUUUGGUUCAUGCUCUACUUUGUUUCACUCGCUUUUGUAUAUCAAUUCCUUCAUGUUUAUUCAUUUAAUAGUAAUCUUUAUGGACCUUUCUAGAAAGAAUUCGUAUUAUUUGAUUCUUUGUAAUUGUGAUUUUCUGGUUAUAGCUAAAUUUAUUUUGGAUUAGAUUUAACAUGUCAAAAAAGGGAGGAAAGACAUGUCCAGAACGUGUUGAAGUACCACAUAAUGAGUACGAACAACAAAGAAUAAGGACGAUUGAAGCGAACAAUCUGAAAUUUAAGUCGUUGGGAAUAAAGCGCAUUGUUGCUUCAAUGACAAACUUGGUAGACAGUGGCAAGAAUAAGAAAAGAAAACACAAAUAUAGAGGCAGUGAGGAUGGUGAUGAUUAUGUGCCUGAUGAUAAUGAUAGUGUGGAAGACUCUGAGAGCGAAGGUCAUAUUUCAGUUACAAAAAGAGAAAAAACACGCACCAAAAAGGGGCUGGAAGACAACGUAACUUCAUUCCACCAUCGUCUGUUACCAAGUUAUAUGGAAUGAACAGAAAACAAUCAACAUUAGUUGGAAAUGCAGCACUAAAAUCUCUAUCAACUGCCAUGAAAGCUUCUCAACGAGG